AUGGAUUACUACAGGAAAUACGCAGCCGUCAUCCUGGUCAUGUUGUCUGUGUUUCUGCAUAUUCUCCAUUCCUUCCCUGAUGGAGACUUUACCAUGCAGGGAUGCCCAGAAUGCAAGCUAAAGGAAAACAAAUACUUUUCCAAGCUGGGAGCCCCCAUUUAUCAGUGCAUGGGCUGCUGCUUCUCCAGGGCAUACCCCACUCCAGCCAGGUCCAAGAAGACAAUGCUGGUCCCCAAAAACAUCACCUCCGAGGCCACAUGCUGUGUGGCCAAAGCAUUUACAAAGGCCACAGUAAUGGGGAAUGCCAGAGUGGAGAACCACACCGAGUGCCACUGCAGUACUUGCUAUUAUCACAAAUCUUAA